AAAUGUUGGAGAACAGAUCCAAAUUGGAGGAAUCACAGGCAACAAUUAGCUAAAUGUUCUGUGGGUUAUUCUGGAAAGAUGACUAAUAAUAUUGGACCCGACGUGGUACAAUAUAUGGUUACAGAUCCUAGUGACGAUCCCCUAAACCCUAAACCCGGAACCCUCAGAUAUGCGAUGACACAUAUCAAUGGAAAGGUUUGGGUAACUUUCCAAAGAGACAUGACUAUUAGGCUCCAAAACCCUCUCUUAGUUAGCAGUUUCACAACCAUUGAUGGCCGUGGAGUUAAGGUUAACAUUGCUGAUGGUGCUUGUCUAAUGCUCCAAAGGGUGACAAAUGUGAUAAUUCAUGGUCUAAAAAUCCACCAUUGCAAGGCACAAACAGCAUCAACAGUCUUAGGACCUGAUAAGAAAAUAGUAAAUGUGGGUCCAGUGGAUGGAGAUGCAAUUAGAAUGUUGACUUCUUCCAAUAUUUGGAUUGACCACAAUACCCUUUUCGAUUGUGAAGAUGGUUUAAUUGAUGUCACUCGUGGUUCUACUGAUAUUACCAUUUCCAAUAAUUGGUUUAGGACCCAAAAUAAGGUUAUGUUAUUAGGUCAUGAUGAUGGAUUUCUAAGAGACAAGAACAUGAAGGUUACUGUUGCAUUCAAUUAUUUUGGUCCUAAUUGCAACCAGAGAAUGCCAAGGGUUCGCCAUGGAUAUGCACAUGUGGUAAACAAUCUAUACAAGGGAUGGGGAAACUACGCAAUAGGGGGAAGCAUGAACCCAAGCAUUAAAAGCCAAGCCAAUUAUUUCAUUGCACCUAAAGGAGGAAAGAAAGAGAUAACAUGGAGAAAGCAGGGUGGAGUUGGUGAAGUUUCAUGGAAUUUCCAAUCUGUUGAAGAUGUAUUUGAGAACGGAGCAUCUUUCAGCGAAUCGGGUUCGGGUCGUGAGUCCGUGAAGCCUAACUAUCUACCAGAUCAAGCUUUUCCAGUGGAAGAAGGAAAAAAUGUCAAGGCCUUGACUAGAAAUGCUGGUGCUCUAAAAUGUUCCUCUACUUCUAACUGCUGAGUACAUUGCUAAUGUUCACAUCUUUGGCUGUCUUAUUUAUUGUGUUUCUGUAGUAUUCUUUACUUGGAAAAUGGAUAUACGGUCCAUAUAAAAUCUCUUCUGAGAAUUGAGAAGGGAAUAACGUUGUUGUAUAUAUAUAUAUAUAUAUAUAUAUGUGUGUGUGUGUGUGUGUGUGUGUGUGUGUGUAGGGAAUUAACCUCAAAAUGGAGUAGUAAUUAUAUGCAGGUGAUGAGCUAUGUUGUAUGGAUUUUAAUACCUUGGAUCUGUAGUUAUUUCGUGCAGAUUUUUCAAAAUACAUAAAAAGUUAGCAAAAACUACACAUACCAAUAUUCACACUUGUAUUAUGUGUGUGCCAGCAUCAGAAGAAACCUUAAUCGGCCGGG